CACUACAAGUCAUCAAGACGAUUUGAGCACAGUGGUGGUUGUAUCAAAGCAUUGUUAGAAGAAGCCGAAAAUGAAAUAAUACACCUUAUGACAUUCAAGGAAGUGUCCCAACCUAGAUGGUACGAAAGCCCUCUUGUAUUUACGGUGCAGGGCGUGUUUUUCAAUGCAUACUUCUUGACAUAUCUCGUUUCGCCUAAAUUGGCUCAUCGGAUUGUGGGGUAUUUGAAAGAGGCAAUUCACUAAUACACCAAGUUCUUGAAAGAGUUGGACAAGGACACAGUUGAGAAUGUUCCUGCUCCAUCCAUUCCCAUCGACUACUGGAGCUUGCCACCGAACUCAACUCUUCUCGAUGUAGUUGUGGCGAUUAGAGCAGAAGAGGCUCAUCAUUGUAAGGUUAACCUUUUUGCAUCGGACAUUCAUAAUCAGGGGCAUGAACUGAAGGAAGCCCUAGCACCAAUUGGAUAUCACUAA